AUGUAUCAUCCAUUCCGAGUCGCUCGAUUAAUUUUGCCUCGCCUUGCUCCUGCGCCCGUGUCUCGUGUACGGACGUUGAGAUGGAGUGUGCCGCGCCAAGCCUCAGAGGAUGGAGAUUCGUUCAUGGCAAACUUCAAGAACACGCCGUUGUUUAAUAGGUUUGCUGAACACCCAGAUGCAUUGGCGGCUCUUAGCAAAAUAGCUGAAUAUCUCAAGAAAAAUGAUAUCGACAUGACCUACCCGCCGAACAGUAUGACUAUGUUCAAGCUGUUCACCAAUUCCGAGUUCCGAGAGCUUACACGGAAUGCUCUGGAAGAGUUUAAAAAGGCAGGGAUUGAGAUCAAGGCAGAGAACGCGAUGGAGCUUUUCUCGCAACCACAACCACCAAAUUCAAAAGGACCACGAUAA